AUGUAUAUACCAUAUUUAGACUCUAUUAUUAGCUCGUUAAAUAAUCGAUUUAAUGAAAACAGCGAGACUCAAUUUAAGUUAUGUUGGUUGCUUCCAAAUGAAAUGGUUAAACUACAAAAAAAUGAAUAUAUUAACAUACUUCAAAAUAUUGAAAAUCAUUUUAAAAUACCUAAUAUAAAAGUUAAUGGUUUAAUUUGGUAUGAUUAUUGGCAAUUAAAAUCACAAUCAUUUAUAAAUGAUAAAAUGGUAGAUUAUAAAAAAUUGUUAAAUGAGUGUGAAUUAUUUCCUGCUGUCAAGAAAGGUAUAAUGAUAUAUAUUACAUUGCCACCUACGACAUGCACUGUAGAACGAUCAUUCAGUACACUAAGGAGAGUAAAGACAUGGACGAGAUCUACAAUGAGUGAAGAUAGACUUGAUGGCUUAUGUAUGAUAAACGUACAUAGGGAAAAAAUGUAUGAUAAAAAGGAUGAAUAUAUAGAACAAGUAAUAAAUAUAUUUGGUGUUAAAAACAGAAAUUUACAAUUUUUAUUUGUAAAUUAA